AAUCGAAUGCCACUUUGCCUGGACUGUUUUCCGCAACCUGGGUUAAACUUGCUGUAACAACGAGGCAACCUGGAACCUAAUUAAACCGUAUACGAUAAGUUUUAUUUUUAUUUUAUUUUGAAAAUGAUUGAGCAAAUGAAACGAAAAGUCCCAGGGACCACGACAGAGACGGCAUUGGUUCCCGUGGUUAAGAAGCCUCGCAAUGAACUGGUGGCAGCGGCACAAUCUCAACAGCAGCUCGUGCCGAUGGGCCCCCCCAGAAAUUCAAGCUUACAGGCACCCAUCAUGCUCCUGAGUGGGCAUGACGGAGAAGUUUACUGUUGCAAGUUUCACCCUAAUGGAUCCACUCUGGCCUCUUCUGGUUUUGAUCGACUAAUACUGUUAUGGAAUGUUUAUGGAGAUUGUGAUAAUUAUGCUACACUUAAAGGUCACAGUGGUGCUAUCAUGGAGCUUCAUUAUAACACUGAUGGAAGUUUGCUGUUUUCAGCAUCCACUGACAAGACAGUGGCUGUGUGGGACAGUGAGACAGGAGAGAGAGUCAAAAGGUUAAAGGGCCACACGUCAUUUGUAAACUCCUGCUAUCCAGCCAGGCGAGGGCCCCAGGUGGUCUGCACUGGCAGCGAUGAUGGUACUGUUAAACUUUGGGACAUCAGAAAAAAGGCAGCUGUUCACACUUUUCAAAACACUUAUCAGGUUUUGUCAGUAACAUUUAAUGACACAAGUGACCAGAUAAUCUCAGGAGGCAUUGAUAAUGAUAUUAAAGUUUGGGACUUGCGUCAGAACAAGUUGAUCUAUACCAUGAGGGGUCAUGCUGAUUCUCUGACUGGUCUUAGUUUGAGCUCCGAAGGUUCAUACCUGCUAUCAAAUUCAAUGGACAACACAGUUCGGAUAUGGGAUGUUCGCCCUUUUGCUCCCAAAGAAAGAUGUGUGAAAAUAUUCCAAGGAAGUGUUCAUAAUUUUGAAAAGAACCUUUUGAGGUGUUCCUGGUCUCCUGAUGGAAGCAAAAUAGCAGCAGGUUCUGCCGACAGGUUUGUUUAUGUCUGGGAUACAACAUCAAGAAGGAUCCUCUACAAGCUGCCUGGCCAUGCAGGUUCAGUCAAUGAAGUUGUUUUCCAUCCAGAUGAACCAAUAGUUCUUUCAGGAUCUAGUGACAAAAAACUGUACAUGGGUGAAAUACAAUAGGAAUCCAGAACACAAUGUGUCCUUCUGUGAGGUUCAUCAGCUACUUGGAUAAAAGGACUGUUGAUCUGCACACCAAUAUCGUCUCGACAAAAGGCAUAACGUCAGUGUUGUACUUGCAACGUUUUAUCUCCCCAAUAGACUAAAUUACUUUGUAGGAUUCAAAACAUCGAAAUUGUGGCAAAAGCAGGUCUUAAUGGAAUUAAUGUCCUAAGGUUGUGAUUUAAGUCCACCUCUGUCCAUUGGGCUGCAUAGAGAUGUAAAGCAAACAGUGGUGAAAAUUAAAUUGCCUUUUCCGUUGUGUUAACAAGUACGGCCUAUCUGAUCACCUUCAUGGAACACUUCACCUGUAAAAACUCAGCUUACAUUAAAUACAAAUGAGCUUCCCUGUGAUAAAUGGAAACGAAUUACAGGAAAAUCUUUAUUCACAUGGCAAACACGAUGCAGAGAGCAAAUUACAUUUUAAGAUAGAUUAACAGGAGUGACUGGUAUGCUUUCAGAUGUAAUAUCCCUUACAUCUGGACCUUGCUUUAUUAAGCAUUAAGUGUACAUUUAGACAUUUUAUGCACCAGUGGUCAGCGGUUGAGAGCAGAAAAAAGGUUUCAUGUGGUACUCCACCCAUCCAUUGUGCAGGUCACCAAUUUCUGUCUCCAUUUCAAAGAAACCAGUCUGUUUUUUUUUGUUUUUGUUUUUUUUUGUGUCCAGACCUGGAAGUUACUCGUCUGUACAAUUUUAGAUAUCUCAGUGCAUCAGGCCUGGUGUAAUUGCCAGAUUCAAUUUGCCUUUGAAUAUAUGUGAUGGAGUUAGAUUCCCAUUUCUGAUGAAAGGCCCAUUGGUGCAUGACAGGCGGUUACAAUGUCUUCUGUUUGUUUUUGGUGUCUCUAAAUUGGUUCAGAAGAAACCUCUUGACAGUUUCAAGAGGGAUCUGCGAGGAGCAUGCAAACUUUUUGUUAUAAAUCAUAAUAAAGAAAGCAACAACAGUAAAUCUGAGUGGACAUCUCCUGCAAAGACUGAAUAGCAUGGCUAAUUUAGUUUGCACUUGUUCACCCAGCUGCCACUUCUGUUGUCUUGAAGCCAUUAACAUUUUAUAAAAGCUUUUCUUUUUAUGCUUCACAUCUUGCUUCCCUUCAUCAGAGCUUAAUUUGGCUGCUUUGCUGACAAGGGAUAGAAAUUGUCCAGUAUUUUCACUGGCAGAUGUCAUAGGCUUUUUUAGCCAAUUAAAUGUGCAUAUUCCAUGUUUGAUUAUUUUUUUAUGGCUUUGUUUCACCAGUACAUUUAAAAUGGAACCUGUUAUUUAUUGUGCAGCAUAACAGGAAUGUUGGUGUAUUUAUCUGCCUGGUCUCUCUUGUUUUCCUUUUUUUUAAUUAAAAUAGUAAAAACAGA